AAAUUAUCUUGGUUAAUGAACCCGACCCGACCCGACUGUCUACGCUUGCCACGCCGCCCCUAUUUCUCUCGAUUAGUUUCUCUCUCCAAGAGCCAAGCUUCUUCUUCGUGUGGUUUCGCUUCUUACUUAAUUGUGAUUUUUUGUGAUAGAUUGCAUCGAAAUAUGCCAAAGAAGAAGAGGAAGACUAGUAGCAGUACCAUGAAGAAGCCAUCACAAGGAGAAGCAAAACCUGUGGUGAUACAACAAGCCAAACGAGUUCUAAAAAAACCUGGUAAAUUUGGGAAAGAGAUUGAAGAAAUCUUUGCUGCGAGAAUCAAGCUGAGGCAAAUGGUUCAAAUACCUCAGACGAACGAGACCAAAGCAGAGAUUGCAAAGAAGAAGAGGAAGAGGGACAGGUUAGAGCGUAAGAACAACCCUGGAAGCGAACCCAGGAGGAGGCAGAAAAGGGAAAGGACGGAGCUUGAUAACAACCCGGAAAGCGAAGUCAGGAGUCAGACAACAGAGCUCGAUAACAACCCAGGAAGUGAAACCGUGAGGCAGACAACAAAGCUUGAUAACAACCCGGGAAGCGAAACCAGGAGGAGGCAGACAAGGGAGAGGACGAAGCUUGAUGAUAACAACCCGGAAAGGAAGACAAAGAAGAGUAAGAAGAGAAGCGGACCCAGGAAGAUAACUACAGAAGGAUUCAAAGUGUUCAGGGAAGAUGAAAUUGGCGGGCCCAGGAAGAUAACUUCAGACGGACUCAAAGUGUUCAGGGAAGAUGAAAUUGGUUUCAACAAGGCCAAAUCUGGUGGUACUCGUCUCUGUCCUUUUGACUGUAAUUGUUGCUUCUAGCUCUCCUUUGAACCAUGUUUUUUUUUUUUUUUGAAGCUUUUGUGCCCAAGUAGAUUAAAAACUCGGUCUGGUUGUAAUGGAUGAAUGAUCUCAGUUAUCAAGAUUUGUUGUUACUGUUGUAUUCAUGUUUGAUGAGAAAAAAAAAAAUACAUUUUUCUU